CUUUUCAUGCGUCGGGAAACCGAGUGCCCCGAGAAACCAAAACCCAAAAACCGGGAUGAGCAGCAGGCUGAUUUCGUCCACAGUUCCACACGCAGCGAAAUAUUUAGUAAAGUUUCGUGAAUUGUUAAAAAUUAAACUUUGCUGGGCUGACAAUUGACUUGGGUUGAAUGAAAUGGCCGAGAAAGGGUCAGAUGGAAAGCCCGUCGAACGGGUUCCGGGGGAAGGAAUUCGAUCAAUGAAGACCAGUAAUGCAUUUCGAGCCUUGAAUUUUGAGCUGUAUGCGAAACCGAACAAGAAAAUUAUGGGACUUGGUAUCGUCGGAAUAAUCUGUGCCGCCAGCUAUCUGUUUUACAUCAAUUACGAAAUGUAUGAUAGAAAUAAGUUUUACUAUGCGGAAAACGAGGAUGGAAGUCGUACUGCGCGACCGAAAACUUCUCGAUGGGAUUCUUGAAUCUUUCCAUUAGUCAUCAUUACUUUACUAGAUGUACAAAUUACAAUGUAAAAACAAAUAUCUCACUAUAUUAGCAGGUUAAUAUACGUACGAAAAAAAAUACACACCAAUGUACCAUCCGAACUGUUUUGAAUUAUAAUAAAAUAAGCAAUGAAUAAUCAAAAA